UGGUUUGUUUACAAGUUUUAAAGAACGUUGCUGUUUGUUUUUUUGUUUCGUUUCUCGCCCUCGGUGAAAAAGAACUCGUUUAAAAUCGAAAGUGGUUUCCGGUUUCUCGUAAAUAUAUGAAUUAAUAGACUAAAACUUGUAGUAGCAGAGCAUUAUGCUCAUCAGGGCUGUGUUUCCGGAAGUGUCGGUGUUCAUCUGAAAGGUGCGCAUGUGCUGAUAGUGAUGAUGACGACAUGCCGUGAAGAAAUCGGUGUUAAGAUUAUUUCAGGAGUCGUUCGUUAUUAUUAUUAUUAUUAUUAGAUUUCGAGACAAACAAUAGGAAUUAAAAAAAUACAAAAAUAGAGAUUGGAUUGGAUUAGAGAUGAGUUCUCUGGGUCGGAACGGUCUGAUCGGUCUCGGUAUCGGUGUCACCGUCAGUACCGGUUUGAUCGCGUUCUUGAUCAUUAAAGAGAUGACGCGGAGGAGGAAGGAGCGCCGCCUAGCGGUGGACGGGAGGAUGACGCUGGGGCAGGAUGGUGGAGUGGCGUUAGCAUCUGCGAUGAGCGGGUUAACCCCGGAGCAGCACACUGAGCUGAGGACAACUCUGGACAAGGUGAUGAUGAGUGUGUCCACCCUACGUGGUGAAGUGUCCGAGCUGAGGAACGGCCUGAGAGACAUCGCCAACACCAUCGUCAACGCCAUCGUCGAGGACGUCAGGAAGGGAGUGGAGGAGGGUCAGAGGUCACGGCGGCGACGUCACUUUCUGACGAGGGAGCGUUCUGACUCGAUGAGCUCCAGCUCCAUCUACUUCACUGCUAGUAAUGGGAUGAGCAGUCAGAAUGAGGGCGGAUACACGACAGCGUAUUCAACUGCUGAAUCUGACUACACAGAUCGAGAGACGGACAGAGACGAGGACCGCGACGAGGACGAUGAAGGUGACACGGCCUCAUCCCGUCUGUCUUUAGUCACUAAGAGAACAGUGUGUUGUGACGAGGAGGAGGAGUGUAGCUGUGCGACAGUUCUGACUCCUUCGCAGUUCAUCCUGCUGGAGUCUGACGAGGACUACGUGGACAGUGAUGAAGGAGUGGUGAUGAGUCCUGAACUCGCGCUGCUACUGAACCAGAGUGACCUCCUUCACGCCGGGGAUUCUGGGAAAAAAACUGACGCGUUUAAUCUGUUAAGAGAGAACAAACCACUGUACAGUGAUAAUAGUGAGUUUCUAUGGCGACUGGCUCGAGCCUACAAUGAUAUGUGUGAGAAUGCGGAGAACGAGGAAGAGAGGCGGAACUACGCAGAGCAAGGUCGUGAUGAGGCAGAAUUGGUGCUUCAGAAGAACGAACUGAAUGCUGAUUGUCAUAAGUGGUUUGCUGUGCUGACCGAUCAGAUGUUGCAGUGUGACAGCGUGCACAGUAAACUGAAGAGUAGCUACGUCCUGAAGGAACACCUGGAUCGUGCUUUAGCUCUCGGAGAUGAUGACCCGCUAUGUUUCUACCUGCUGGGUCGCUGGUGCUACGAGAUGAGCAGGUUGUCGUGGUUGGAGCAGAAGGCAGCAGCCACUCUGUAUGAAUCUCCUCAAUGUUCCUCCCUACACCAAGCUCUAGAGCACUUCCUGAAGGCUGAGGAACUGAAACCAGGAUUCUCCAGAGCAGUGAGACUCUACAUCGCCAAGUGUCAUAAGGAUUUGGGGAAUGAAUCCGAGGCGAGGAACUGGACACAGCUGGCGCUGGCACUUCCCACAAACACCCACCAGAAGGCAGGGAUUGCUGGAUUGGAGGUGGAGCUACAGGCUUUGAUUGACAGCCCAGCUGAGCCGCUGUAAGGCCGUGGAGAAGCUGAUAUGGAUCCCUCACCGCUAACCCAACCCCUAAAAGAAUGUAAUGGAUCAUUCCAAACUACAGGAACAUCUUUAAAAUAUCUCUUCACACUUGUUUGUUUUAACUGACCAAAACAAGGGCACUUUAGAAGUCAACUGUCCUGAUGCUGCCUACGUAGGUACACUAGUUUGAGUAAAUGAUGGUGUGAUGUGUAUAUUACUGACAUAAGCACUUAUAGAGAAGGAUUUAUUAAAGCUGCUCUUUAUUCAUGAAAAGUGUUUUUCACUUGAGUUCUGAAUGUGAAACGCUAGUGAUGUAAAUGUUUGGUGUUGCUGUGUGAACGCUGAAGGAAAUAAAAAGCUGAACCCG